AAAAAAGAUCCACCCCUCAGUAGAUUGUAAAGAAAAAGAAAAAAAGACCCAGCCCUCAGUCUCCCCUAUGGCGGCCUUGGCCUGUGCGUCUAAUGUGCGCCGCCUCCUCCUCCACCCCGGCGCCGGAGCUCCGGCUAGAUCCUUCUACGCCCAGCCCUACCAAGCCAAGGUAGGCGUGGUGGAGUUCUUGAAUGCGGUCGGGAAGGGGGUGGAGACGCAUGCCGCGAAGCUGGAGGAGGCCGUAGGAGGUGAUCUCCAGAGGCUGCUCGAGACCCGCACGCUACGGCUCAAGAAGCUCGGCGUCCCCUGCAAGCAUAGGAAGUUGAUUUUGAGUUUUGCUCACAAGUACCGCCUUGGUCUUUGGAAGCCCCCGGCAGAAGCCAGGAAAGUGCAAUAAAGUUGGUUUGUUUUCGAAGUGCCCACCUGGAGAAGUUCAUGCUUGGGGCAUCGAAUAGUUGUGUUGUAAUUUGGACGCCGCAGUUAGAAGGUUAUCUGAUAACUGAUGAACUCUUAUGCACAUCCAACCAAUAACUGGCCCACUUGAUGGUACUCUUUUGUAGGAUUUCUCUUUGUUAGGUUUGGGCAUCAUCACUCGUGUUGUUCUGAAGUCAUUCGGCUCGCGUACUUUGCUCUCCCUGUGUUAUCUCUAAUAAUAUGUCAACAUGCCUAAUGAUUAUACCA